AUGGGAGCACGUCCUGCAUCUGACAUACAGUGGACUGUUGAUAAUGAUAAUCCAGAUGAUGAUGAGACAAUAUCAGAUAAUACACAAGAUAGUGACCUGAAAGAUACAGCAAGUACCAUGACAUUCACACCAACUUAUCUAGAUCAUCAGAAUACAACGUUGACAUGUAAAGCUACAAAUGAUGCAACUAUUGUUAAUAGACAACCUGUUAUUAAACAACUUUUACUUGAUGUUUUUGAUGUUGUUGGACCAUUAGAUGUUGAUAUUCUACAAGGAGAAGAUGCUACUCUGCAAUGUGUUAUCACAGACUUUUCUGGUAGUAUAGGAAAGUGGUCUAAAGUUGAUGAGGCUGAUGAGAUAUUCAAUUUACUCAGUUCCGGUGCAUAUAUAGGCACUGGUCACGAUUCUACAAAACAUUUUGACUGGAGUGUGGACACUACUGGCACACACCACUAUGAUUUAAAUAUACCCAAUAUAGAUAUCAACGAUGAAGGAUGUUAUUUUUGUGGGAUUGGAACUGGAGACUCCAACAUAUCCCCUAACAGCGUUACCAUUUCCGAAGAGUCAUCUGGUGUUGUCAUAGUUACUUCUGGUCGCAUGACUACAUUAACUUGUGUUGCUAUGGAAGCACGUCCUGCAUCUGACAUACAGUGGACUGUUGAUAAUGAUAAUCUAGAUGACGAUGAGAUAAUAUCAGACAAUACACAAGAUAGUGAUCUGAAAGAUACAACAAGUACCAUGACAUUCAAACCAACUUAUCUAGACCAUCAGAAUACAACGUUAAUAUGUAAAGCUACAAAUGAUGCAACUAUUGCUAAAGAUCAACCUGUUACUAAAGAAAUUACACUUGAUGUGUGGGUAUCUCCAGACAGUUUAUAUUUUAAUGGUUACCCUGACAGCAGUGAUGUUACUAUGAUAUCUGGAGAAUCAUUUAACAUCAUGUGUAGAACUACUAAAGCCCAUCCUGCUGCCAGUAUACAGUGGUAUAUAGAUGAUGAUAUAAUUACCAGCAAUGUCAACCAUAGAAUAUUAUGGGAUAUCAGUGGUAGAAAAGACACAGUUAGUGAAUUAUCAAUGAUACCAAAUAGGGAAGACUUUGGAAAGAAAUUAAAAUGUAAAAGUAAUCAUGAUGUCCAGAAUAAUCCAAAAACUAUAUUUGUCAAUAUAAUUGUACAAUAUUCUGCUGUAAUUUUCAAUGACACUUUGGAAGAAAGUUCAGCAGAUCAAGGUCAGAAUGCUACCAUUGUGUGUACAUCUAUAGGAUAUCCAUUACCGGUGAUAGAGUGGUAUAAAUGGACUGAUGGUAGUAGAGUGGCACUUAUGAGUGAUACCAGCAGAGUUGUGAUAAAACAUGAACCAUACACAAUGAAUAGAACUACACAAAGCACACUGUAUAUACUGAAUGCGAGACCUGGAGUAGACCAUGGUGUAUAUACCUGUUAUGCUAGUAAUAUUAUUGGUAGUGAUUACUUGAAUAUUACACUGGCUGGUAAAAGUAAGUAG